GUUAAUACUUUAAUAUACUAAUACUUACAUAAUGAAAUGAUUCAACGGAACACAAGUAGGGAAAAAAAAGAAUCAACCAAAUCAAUCAUGAUGUUGUUCUUCCCCAAGAACGUGGUAUGCCAAGGUUCAGACCCAGCUGGAGGAGAAUUCAGCUUCAAUGGAUUACUAUAUACUGUAGGAUCAGCCACUUUGAACAGCAAUGGUCUAUUCAGACUAACGAAUUCUAUGACACAAACAUCUGGUCAAGUUUUCUACAAUUUGCCAUUGAGAUUCAAGGGCUCUGCAAAUGGUAACGUUUUCUCCUUCUCCACCACAUUCGUUUUCGCUAUAGUCUCAAAGGAUAGAGUUAUCAAAGGUCAUGGACCGGCCUUUGUCCUUUCUCCUACAAAAGGUUUGGUCAACGUUGAUGCCACCCAAUAUCUUGGACUCUUCAACAUAAGCAAUAUUGGAAAUCCUGAAAAUCAUAUUGUAGCUGUUGAACUAGAUACAGUCCAAGGUGCUGAGGUCCAUGACAUAGAUGAUAACCAUGUUGGUAUAGACAUAAAUAGUGUAGUUUCGGAAAUAGCUGCUUCAGCAGGUUAUUUCAAAGAUGAUGGUACUUUCAGAAACAUAUCUCUUACCAGUGGAGAUUCCAUGCAGUUGUGGGUGGAAUAUGACAGUAAACAGAAACGGCUUAAUGUCACACUUCAUCCUGUUCGUGUCCCUAAACCAAAGCUUCCACUCCUUUCUCUACAAAAAGAUCUUUGUCCCUAUUUGCUUGAAUCUAUGUAUGUUGGCUUCACCUCCUCCACAGGAAUGCUAACUGCAUCUCACUAUAUAUUGGCUUUGAAUUUCAAGAUGAAUGGGACGGCUCAAGAUAUAGACCUUUCUCGCCUUCCAGAGGUUCCCCGUUUUAAACAGCCAUGGAUCCAAACUCCAAAGGGUGUUUUGACCAUUAGUUUGACAACAUCAGGCGUCACCAUACUCAUCAUGGCUUUUCUUGAAGAGGAAGAAGCUAUUGAGGACUGGGAGGUGCAGUUUGGUCCUCAUAGGUUUGCUUACAAAGAUCUACACACUGCCACAAAGGGUUUCAAGGAUACUGAGCUUCUUGGUAGGGGAGGGUUUGGGAAAGUCUACAAGGGUACAUUACCAGUGUCCAACAUAGAGAUUGCGGUGAAGAGGGUUUCUCACGAUUCAAGACAGGGAAUGAGAGAGUUCAUCGCUGAGAUUGCAACCAUUGGCCGAUUCAGACAUCCUAACUUAGUUCGGCUCCAGGGCUACUGCAGAAGAAAAGGUGAACUCUACUUAGUGUAUGAUUGUAUGCCCAAAGGAAGCGUUGAUAACUUCCUCUACCACCAACAGAAACAAAGUCUUAACUGGUCUCAAAGAUUCAAGAUCAUCAAAGAUGUAGCUUGUGGACUCUGCUAUCUGCACCAACAAUGGGUGCAAGUUAUUAUCCAUAGGGACAUUAAACCCUUGACCUUCACUGAAUCCUUUGUCUCUCAUGGACGCUAAAAGAUUGAAACCCAGAUGGUCUUGUAACUUCUUGAUUUCUACUGAAAAUGAAAUCCGUGACUGAUAUGUAGUAAGUUUGCAAGCGUGUAAGAAGGAUAUAUCAGAAACAAAAUGAAUGUAUCAUCGUCCUCACUUUGAAACGCUAUAGAAUAUAUGCACAUACAUUGACAGAAAACUGUAUAAUACUUUUGUUACAUAACUCGAACUAGAACACACUUGGCGACUUCUCUGUAUAUAUAAAUACAUCAUUGACUCUUCAGAAAGAUCCACUAACCAAGAAUCAAGACGAUAAGGACUAAAGCAACUGAUAGAUAUCUUAUCCACUAUUGCAUAUUGGAGAGAAGAUCCACGUCGGAAAUAUGAAAGGGACUUGAGUAAUAUAUAACGGACUUGGGCCAAUCCACUAAUUGCCAAUUGGUUUUAAGUUGGAAGCCCAAGAAACUUAUCAUGGUAUCAGAGCCGGCCCAAUAUUCUGACCCAUUAAUCCGGCCCGGACAGUGGCCCGAUCAUUCCAUUAGCUGAUGGCUCAUAGAAGGCUCAGUUCCACCGAGAUCGCUAGAAAAUAAAGCAUGAUUUUGGAGGGGAUAUGAUGGAUUCUGCGAGAUUAAUGGUUAUACGCACCAUUAUCUCGAGGGAGGGUAUUGGAGAGAAGAUCCACAUCGAAAAUAUGAAAGGGACUUGAGUAAUAUAUAAGGGACUUGGGUCAAUCCACUAAUUGUCAAUUGGUUUUAAGUUGGAAGCCCAAGAAACUUGUCAUGAUAAGUUUCUUGGGCUUCCAACUUAAAACCAAUUGGCAAUUAGUGGAUUGACCCAAGUCUCUUAUAUAUUAUUCAAGUCCCUUUCAUAUUUCCGAUGUGGGAUCUUCUCUCCAAUACCCUCCCUCGAGAUAAUGGUGCGUAUAACCAUUAAUCUCGCAGAAUCCAUCAUACCCCCUCCGAGAUCAUGCUUUUUUUUUAUUUUUUUUCUAGCGAUCUCGGUGGAACUGAGCCUUCUAUGGGCCAUCAGCUAAUGGGAUGAUCGGGCCACUAUCCGGACCGGAUUAAUGGGUCAGGGUAUUGGACCCGCUCUGAUACCAUGAUAAGUUUCUUGGGCUUCCAACUCAAAACCAAUUGGCUAUUAGUGGAUUGACCCAAGUCCCUUAUAUAUUACUCAAGUCCCUUUCAUAUAUCCGAUGUGGGAUCUUCUCUCCAAUACCCUCCCUCGAGAUAAUGGUGCGUAUAACUAUUAAUCUCGCAGAAUCCAUCAUACCCCCUCCGAAAUCAUGCUUUUUUUUCUAGCGAUCUCGGUGGAACUGAGCCUUUUAUGGGCCAUCAGCUAAUGGGAUGAUCGGGCCACUGUCCGGACCGGAUUAAUGGGUCAGAGUAUUGGGCCCGCUCUGAUACCAUGAUAAGUUUUUUUGGGCUUUCAACUCAAAACCAAUUGGUUUUAAGUUGGAAGCCCAUAAUAAACCUGAAUCUAACAUGGUAUCAGAGCCCAGAUCCUAAUAAGUUAAACCCUUAAUUAAUAUUAACCUUACCCGACCGGGUAUAUAGGUCGUAAUUGACUCGCUCGACCGAAUAUAACUGUCUUAAAAAAGUUUCCGAGAUUUGACUAUUAGUAGAUUGACCCAAGUCCUUUAUAUAUUACUCUCCCAACAUAUCCUCCUCUAAGGGCCUUUUAGGUCUGUACGUGUUUCUUUUCUCGAUCACUUAAUUGAUUCUUGCGUGUCCAGGCGCAGGGCCGGCUCAAGGACAGGGGCCAGCAGUGCAUCCGCCCAGGGUCCACGUACAAAAGGGCCAAGACCAACGUACAAUAGGGGCCCAUAUAUUCCAAUCGUUGAAUAAUUAAAGGGCCUUGUCUAAACUGUUCCAACCGAGUUCCUCUUUAAAUUUUUAAUAUAAUUGUUUGUCGGCAAUGUCAAAGAAAAACAUCAAAUUUAUGUUCAACAUAUUGGGCU